AGCGGCGUGGCCGUGGAGCAGGCGGUGGUGGACUUCGAGCGGCUGGGCGAGCACGCCGAUGCCUUCCGCGGCCACGACGUGGGCUUCUGCUGCCUGGGCACCACCCGGAGCAAAGCGGGUGCGGAUGGCUUUGUCCGUGUGGACCGGGACUACGUGGCACAGGCAGCCGAGCUGGCGCGGGCAGGGGGCUGCAAACACUUCGUCCUGCAGUCCUCCCAGGGAGCAAACGAGCGCAGCAGCUUUCUGUACCUGCGGGUGAAGGGAGAAGUGGAGAAACUGGUUAAGGCUGUUGGCUUUGACCGCUGCACCAUUCUUCGGCCAGCGGUGCUGCUGUGUGCACGCCAAGAGUUCCGCCCCACCGAAUGGAUCACGCAACGGAUUCUGGGAUUCACCGCCUGGUUCUUCCCCACUGCUUACUCAGUGCCUGUAGAAACGGGCAGGGCGAUGGUGGCCAGUGUGCUGCAGCCGAGUGGGGAGAAGGUGGAGGUGCUGGAGAACAAAGCCAUCCAUCAGCUGGGAAAGGCAGUGCCACAGCCGGGCACGUAGAGCAAAAGGCAUGGGCAAUAAGUGGUUGGCUGACCUUCUGGAUUCUCUUCCGGGCUGAUGAUGAAUGUAUGGGAUAAUAGUGGAGUGUUUGCAUGGACAAUGGGGAGCUGGGGUGCAAAUCUGGGUAAGCAUUUUAUAAUUUAAACAAUUCCUUGAAUUGAGACCUUGAAUAAAACCCUGUGACUGGCCUGUG